AUGGUUUCCUCCCGGUCUAUCACGUUUAAACUACACCCGGCUAUCAUUGCAGCGCUGUUUAAUACUAUUUUGGUGUACACGGUUUAUCGCCGACGAGCCUGGUACACGGAUGGAUCAGUAAAUCUAAGCAAGUUCACAGUCUCUGUAGCGAUGCCGAACGUGCGCGAGCCACAAUCUCUGGAUGAUAUUUUAAAUGUACUGACAGUUCCCCAUGUAUUUGGGGAACGGUUCAUGGAUCACCACACGUGUCAGCCCAUCGCCUGCGCCCGCGAGUUUGCGGACGAACUGCGCAGCUUCGGACAGUAG